UACACGACUAACAAACAGACACUACCUUCAGAUUGCAGGUGGUUUCGGUUAGAAAGCAAUUGUUUGUUUAUAUCAGUUUGUAAUUUUUAUCUGUUGUAGUUAAAUCACAGUCAGGAAAAAUAGUUUUUUUACUUUUUACAAAGUUGAAAAUACUCCAUUGAUUAAUGUCCGAAUACGAAAGAUUGAAACGUAGCUGUUUAAAGCGUGGAGAACUUUUCGAAGAUUCUGAAUUUCCAGCUUGUCAACAAUCGGUAUUUUAUCAUCAAACACCACCUUUUCAAUUUGUUUGGAAAAGAGUGAAGGAGAUAUGUCCCAAUCCAAUAUUUUUCAACGAUGGUUGUAUGCAGUUGGAUAUCGUUCCGGGUAAACUCGGAGACAGAUGGUUUGUGUCAUGUAUCAGCUGUUUAAAUAUGAUAAGAGGAUUAUUUCAUCAGGUAGUGCCAAUAAAUCAGAAAUUUUCUUCUGAAGAUUAUGCAGGAAUAUUUUACUUCAACAUAUGGUGGUGUGGUAAAUGGAGAGAAGUUGUUGUGGAUGAUAAACUGCCAACAAUCAAUAACAAACUAAUAUUUGUUCAUUCACAACACAGUAAUCAAUUCUGGCCAGCACUGUUAGAAAAAGCAUAUGCCAAAUUGCAUGGUUCCUAUGAAGCACUGAAAUAUGGUUCGUCACAAGACGGUCUUGCAGAUUUGACUGGAGGUGUUACUGAAAUAGUCAAUAUUCAACAGGAUCCCAAUACAUGUAGUUAUAUUCUCAAUAAAAUGCUUGCAAUGACAUCAAUUAUUACAGCUGUUGUUCAACAACAAACAUCACAAUCAAGAAAUCAAACAGAAAAAUUAGCAAAUGGAAUAAUUUUAGGGACUAAUUAUAGAGUUAUUUCUUUAGACAAGGUUGAGACAGUUGAAGGUGAUCAAAUACAACUUGUUAAAUUAAGAAAUCCACUCAGCAUGAUUUCAGAUUAUGUUGGAAACUGGUGUAGAAAUUCUUCUGAAUGGAAUAAAUUAACUCCUGAGAAUAAACAUAAGAAAAACUUGAGAAAUUUACAGGAUGGAGAAUUCUGGAUGACUUAUCAAGAUUUUGUACGAACUUUCACUACUUUAGAAAUCAUUCAUUUGGAUGGAGAUAGCAGUAAAGAAGAACUUAGUUUAAGAUCAAGGAUGUGUUGGUAUCUAAAAUAUUAUCAUGGAUGUUGGUUAAGAGGAGUGACUGCUGGAGGAUGCAGAAAUAAUACAGACACUUUCCAUAUAAAUCCACAAUUACAAUUAGUUAUUUCUGAUAAUGAUGAAGUUGUCAUCUCAGUCGCUCAACAUGUUGUUCUUGAACCUAAAGUGAUUGGUUUUACUAUUUAUCAGAUGCAAAGUUUUACAACAGACACAUUACAAAAAUCUUUUUUCAAAAAACAUAAAUGCCUUUUAAAUUCCCAAUAUAGUAAUAGUAGACAGAUUUCAACUCGUUGUCAUCUGGAUCAGGGAUUAUAUAUUAUUUUGCCAACAACAUUUGAAUCAGGACAAGAAGCAGAAUUUUUAUUAAGAGUUUAUUCUACAAAACCUGUGAAAUUAAAAUUAAUAGAUUGCACUCCAGCUACUCUGAAAUCAGCAAUUAUCAAAGCUCCGGCACUUGACAGCAAGAUCUGUUCAUAUGAAGCAAUUUUUCUUCAACUUGCUGAUGAACAUAAAACAGUUAAUGCAUUUGAACUGCAGGAAUUACUUGAAGCUUGUCUACCUAAUGAUUAUGUAAAAAGUUGUGCAACAUUGGAAGUAUGCAGACAAGUUGUUUUAGCCUUAGAUUCAACAGGAAACGGAAGAUUAAAAUUUAGUGAUUAUAAGAAUUUAAUGUGCAGUUUAAAAAUGUGGCAGAUGGCAAUUAAUACUUUUGGAAAUCACACAAAAGGAACAUCGGGUAUAUUAAGAGCAGAAAAAUUAAAAGAUGCUUUAAUUGAUAUUGGAUUUCAAUUAAAUGUGGAAACAUUAUCCUUACUGGCAUUACGUUAUAUGAGAAAAGAUGGAACACUAAGAUUUGGAGAUUUUGUGUCCUGUAUUCUUCAUCUUACAGUGGCAUUUAGUAAGUUAUUUAUAUACAUUAAUAAAAGAAUAUUAUACUAAAUUAAAAUUAGUUCUAUUCUAAGAGAA